UGCCACCCAGUCAUCACACAUGAAACAUCUCCAUAAGUCUAGAUAAGACUGACUUUCGACAAUGCCACGACAAUAAGUCCUUCUCGAAAAAUGGUUAACUCCCACGACGUGCUCCCACAUGUAUGUAGAUCUACUGCUGCUGCCUCGAUCGAUGGGGAUGAUUGCCAAUGGACAAUUUAGUUGGUCCACCACCACAAUCUAGGCAUUCACCAAAGAAGAAGGAGCGAUCUCAAUAGCGCAGAAGAGGCGAAGGAGAAGAUGGCAACCAACCAACCCGAGCAGAGCAGUGAAGGUUCCACUUUGAAGCGAGCUGGUGGUAGUUUGCACAGCAAGCUCACCGCAACAACCCACACCAUGGAAGGACCUACGAUAUGUUCACCCCACCCCAUGACGCCGAGCAAGAAACGAUCCUUCCUCGUGGGGCAUGUGCUGAAGCCCAUGAGGUUCGCAGGCAAACAGUUGUCCAACUUAAGCGAUGCAAUGAUCUCCAGCACCCCGCGACGAUCCAACUCUACGCGUAGCUUGAACGCUGCGGCUGCAAUCGCUGAUGCGACCUUGACGCUGAACAAUUUGGAUAUUUCAGAUCCUGUUUCCCCGUCACACUCAACGUCCGAACAACCAAUCUCUCCUUCUGCGCAAACUCAUGGCAGCACCCGUCGUAGCCAAGGACGCCGACGCCCAUCUAGAGCUCUCUCCUCGUCUAUGUCAUCCAAUGCUAGUCAUAGAAGCAUCAGCACGAGUCGACACGACAACACUAGAACUGGCCGUCAUAGAAGCAUCAGCAGGAGUCGACAAGACAGCACUAGGUCUGACCGUCAUAGAAGCACCAGCAGGAGUCGAAAAGGCAGCACUAGGUCUGGCCGCCAUAGAAGCAUCAGCAAGAGUCGAAAAGACAGCACUAGGUCUGGCCGCCAUAGAAGCAUCAGCAGGAGUGGACACGAUAGCACCAGAGCUAGCCGUCGCAGAGGACGCGAGAGGGAAUUGGAGCAUUCCAGUGGCGAACCAAGAGGGACUAGUACUCACAAACCCAGAAGGGGACGUUCCAACAACCGAAAACUCUCGAACAAGGUCUGCGGACGCAGUGCAUCCGUCACCAGCUCUAGCAGCAGACGACUGUCUUCCUCUGCUGCUGCAAGUAGGACUAGUAGUAGGCCCAAACAGCCAAGACAAUCCAAAGAGUCACGAGGUCCCAUCACGUCCGAAAAGCCACCCCCCAAACGGAAAUCAUCGGGCUCCUCUUCUUCUCGUCGAUCUCCACCCAGUCGGACUCACAGCGCUGCUGGCGGUGCAGGAACGAGACUGUCCCUGCAGAUAGAACUUCAGGAGCAAGCACAAUUGGCAAGGAGUUUGACCUUACCCGCCACUACGCCAACCUUACCCGCACCCGCCGCUACUACGCCAACCUGUUGGGUAUGCAAUGCAUGCAACUGUACGGAAAACGAACAGCGAUUCAACUUUUGCGUUGGAUGUGGAAUACCCAAAUCCAGUGCGAGGAUUCCAGCCAAAGCUGCUUGACUAGAUGCGGUAGAGUAGCUAACUUGCUAAAAGACGACUCUGCCACCCCGAGUACAAU